AUGGCGGAAGAUUCUCUCGCUGAGACAAGCUCGCUAGCGGCGACCCCUCGGUCGCCGGAGGACGAGGACUUACUCCAACGCAGUACAAAGAAAACGAAACGACCUAGGGACUCAAUGGAGAAAUCAAAUCAGAACCAAGCCGCAGAUACGGGGCAAGAAACUACCACAUUCGCCGACCUAAAAUCACCAGAAUCCACCAGGUGGCAAAUGCCUGUCGAAACACCCAACACAGCCUGGGGAAGAAAGACAAACGAAGACCCCUUUGAGAAAGAGAUGGUUUCAGAUGAUGAAGAAAUGGGAGACGAAAGAGCAUAUCCAAACUGUCCGAUAAUCCGAGUUUCUAAGGAAAAAAAAGAGAGACUACGACGACCAUGGCGACGGACUCUCAUCAUCAAGCUAUUGGGAAGAAAGGUGGGCUAUUCGUUCUUGAUGAACAGAUUACAAAGGAUGUGGAAGCCGGAAGCAAGCUUCGAUUUAAUCGCUCUCGACCAAGAUUUCUUCCUUGCCAGAUUCGAAUCCCUACGAGAUUACAAAUUAGCAAAAUACGACGGACCUUGGAUCAUCCUAGAGCACUAUCUAACGGUGCAAGAAUGGGUGCCUAACUUCAUACCAUGGAAGAACAAGUUGAAUAAGCUUUUAGUCUGGAUUAGAUUUCCUUCCUUGCCGAUUGAGUAUUUCGAAGAAGAUUUCUUGAUGAAGAUCGGCAAAGAAGUUGACCGCCCAGUCAAAGUCGAUUACACGGCUAGUUUAAUCUCUAAGCGAAAGUUUGCGAGGAUCUGUGUAGAAUUGGACAUGUCUAAACCCCUUCUGUCGAAAUUUACACUAGCUGAAGAAGUAUGGCAGAUCGAAUACGAGGGCAUUCAUAUGAUUUGCUUCAAAUGCGGAAUCUAUGGACACAAAGUAGGGCAAUGUGACAGUGAAGAGAACAGGGAGGCGAAUGUUGCGGAGGAGCAACCUCCCAGUGUCGGUCAAUCUGGUGAUCAACAAGUAACGAGGACACAGCCGACGACGCAAUGA